AACUCCAGUUUCACAAAUCCCCUUUUCCGUACAUCAUCAUCAUCUUCCCCAAUUUCAUCUCUCACACACAAAAAUAUCUAUAUCUAUAAUCUAUAUCUAUAUAUUUCCAUGUAACAAUUCAAUUUAACAACAUGUCAAAAAUGAAACACCUACUCCGGAAACUUCACAUCGGCGGUAGCGGUGGUUUCAACGACCGAUUAACCACCACCUCCACCGACACCUCACCGUCGCAACCUCAGCCAACCACCGUUGAUUUACUACAAACUCCUGUGAUCAAUACUAAUAAUAAUAACAAUAAUUUAAAUACAAAUUCAAAUCCAGAUGAUGUUGAUUUCAAUUUCUUCGAAGAGGAAUUCCAGAUGCAACUUGCGCUUGCGAUUAGCGUUUCGUCUUCUGGAUCCGGUGAACCGCGUGAGCCUGACGCUGAAACUGCUCAGAUUAAAGCUGCUAAGCAACGUAGCUUAGGUUGUGCGCCUUCCGAAUCGCUUGUCGAAUUCCUUUCGCUUCGAUAUUGGAGUAACAAUGUGGUGAAUUAUGAUGAGAAAGUGAUGGAUGGGUUUUAUGAUGUGUAUGGGAUAACUUCAAGUUUAGUGACACAAGGGAAACUGCCCUCAUUAGUGGAUCUUCAAGCUAAAACAGUUUAUGAUGAUGUUGAUUAUGAAGUAAUUUUGGUCAAUAGAACAAUAGAUAAAGAACUACAACAUCUUGAGGAAAGAGUUUCAAAUAUAUCACUGGAAUUCCAGGCUAUGGGAACGAGUCAGAUUAUGAGUAGGCUGAUCCAGAGAAUUGCUAAUAUUGUUGUAGGUCAAAUGGGUGGUCCUGUUAGUGAUGCCGAUGAAAUGUGCAGAAGGUGGACUACUAGAAGUUAUGAACUACGGAACACUUUGAAAACUAUCAUACUUCCCCUUGGUUGUAUUGAUUGUGGACUUUCACGUCAUAGGGCCUUGCUCUUUAAGGUACUUGCUGAUAAGAUCAAUCUUGCAUGUAGUCUGGUCAAAGGGAGCUACUAUACUGGAACUGAUGACGGAGCUGUGAACUUGAUUAAAAUUGAUAAUGGGAGUGAAUACAUUAUUGAUCUGAUGGGUGCUCCAGGCACCCUAAUCCCCGUGGAGGUGCCAUGUAGUAAUCUCCAGGGUAUUGAACUCGAUAUCAGGAGCGGUGCAGGAGGUACUGAUAGUUUUGGGUAUACAUUGCCACUGCUUGAUAUAACCACCGAUUCCCUGCUAGUUACGCCUGAAGUUGAUGGUUUUGCCAAAGUUGGCCCUUCAGAUGUGGCAGUAGCUUCUAUCAUCGGCUCACAGUUGGACACCAGGGGUGGAAAGGAUGUGGAAAGAAAUCAAACCGAGAGGUUUGAGAAUGAUUUUGGCAGAUUGCUUCCAGCUCUUGGGAGGUCACAGGAAGGCCUGUUAGGUGGCGGUGGUGGUGUUGGUGGAAGAACGUCACCUGCACAGAAAUCACAACUUAAUGAUGUAUCCAACUGUGUCAUUACUGCUGCAAAAAAUCCAGAAUUUGCUCAAAAGCUCCAUGCAGUGCUUCUAAAGAGUAGUGGAAAUUCUUCUGAUUCACUUUUAACUGUAAAUAACAAGGAAGUGGGAGAAAAAGAAGCGUGCGAGACUGUUCAUUUGUUAGAUGCCGACAUGUGGAAUCAUGAGGCUCAUCAUGGACCAACGUUAGGCAUGUCUAACGGCGAGCCGAAUCUCAUAUCUUUCACUACAGGUGAGGUUGGCAAUGUUAAUGCCAACAUUCAACAUGUAGUUAAUAGGGCACCAGCAAAGCAGCAACAACUAAUAUCCAGUAAGAGCAAUCCAGGAUACACUUUACCUUCUCAAUCUACUAGUGAAGAUGUGGUGAACAAUUAUGCAGCUGUAAAACCUGUGCAGACACAAUAUGGUGAUGUUGCUGAUGGUGGACCGUACUUACUAAAUGAGGGAAGAGUGGAUAAUACUAGUAAAUGUAAAAAGGCAGAUAAUACAACCAGCAUUGGCCAUCACCCUUCUUGCAGCAAUAAUAGGGAAGGUAUUAGCCUGGAAGAGGUUGAGUGGGAAAUCCCAUGGGAGGGUCUUCAGAUUGGAGGACGCAUUGGUAUUGGUUCUUAUGGCGAGGUUUAUCGUUCAGAAUGGAAUGGAACUGAGGUUGCUGUGAAGAAGUUCAUGAACCAAGAUAUCUCAGGGGAUGCACUGACUCAAUUUAAAAGCGAAGUCGAGAUCAUGCUCAGGUUGAGACAUCCUAAUGUUGUUUUAUUCAUGGGAGCAGUUACUCGUCCUCCUAACCUUUCAAUAUUGACAGAAUUUCUACCAAGGGGUAGUCUAUUCAAGUUGCUGCAUCGAUCUAAUGUCCAACUUGACGAAAGGAGGCGAAUGCGCAUGGCUCUUGAUGUGGCCAAGGGAAUGAACUAUUUGCAUACUAGCAAUCCAAUUAUCGUUCACCGGGAUUUGAAGACACCGAAUCUUCUUGUUGAUAAAAAUUGGGUUGUUAAGGUAUGUGAUUUUGGGAUGUCACGCAUGAAACACAAUACCUUUUUGUCUUCAAAAUCUACUGCUGGAACUCCUGAGUGGAUGGCCCCAGAAGUUUUGAGGAAUGAACCGUCCAAUGAGAAGUGUGAUGUAUAUAGUUUUGGUGUAAUUUUAUGGGAGUUGGCAACUUUGCGCAUACCUUGGACGGAGAUGAACUCGAUGCAGGUUGUUGGUGCUGUUGGUUUUCAGUUCAGACACCUUGAUAUUCCUGAACAUAUAGAUCCUUUGGUUGCAGGGAUAAUAAGUGAUUGCUGGCAACUGGAGCCACAAUCCCGGCCAUCAUUCAAAGAGAUCAUUGCCCGUCUAAGAAGCCUGAGGCAUCUAUCAACGGACAGAACAAAAAACCGAACAAGUCAAUAACACAUUCUUGUAUGUAUCUAUUAUACCUUGAGAGUUGAACAUGAGAAAUUGUUGUAGAUUGAAAGGAAAAAAAAGCAAGCAAAAGAAGGUGCGGUUUGGGAAGUGUAGGUUAGGUUCAGUCGAAACAAAGGAUACAACCAAACACAGCCAAACCACAACCUUGUGCAUUUUGUUCUUCUGACUUCAUUGCUGUGCCAAGUGCAGCUACAACGGGGUCGUCAUUUCCACAAGCAAGGAAACCAAAGUGUCAUGAGAAGAAAAUAAACGUUUGAAAGUGUUUAAAACUUGUAUCAUUGUAGACAGGAAAAACACGAUGCGCCUCUAAUUGAAGCACUUCCCAAGUUGUUUUUUCUUGUGAAGUACAAAAGUUAACUUUAUUUAUUCGUGAUUGAAAUUUUCCAUGCAUAACUAAGGAAAUACAUAUAGAAUUCUCCCUAUUGUUCA